UUAUACGAUUAAAUUAGUCAGCAUUUAUUGCAACUUGUAAUGUUUAAACGCUGUACAAAAGACUAUUAUUUUUUUUAAGUAAUGUAUUAUUUUUUUUAAGUAAUAGGUAUUGUUAAUUUAUACUUUUAUAAAAAAUGGCUAAAUUAGGUUGUUUGCAAUUAUGUGUCAUAUAUUCAUUAUCCUUAUAUUAUACAAUCCAAUUUUGUUUUCAAUUAUUGUAUUACUAUUUACGUGGAAUUAAAUUUUGGAAAAUUAAAGAGCGUCGAGUACCACCAUCUAAAAUACUUAUGCCAGAGGUUGGGCAUCAUUCCCAUAUACAAUUAAAAAACAUAAAAAUGCAUUAUGUUGAAGCUGGGGACAAAUCUAAGCCUUUAAUGGUAUUUAUGCAUGGUUUUCCAGAAUUUUGGUACUCUUGGCGACAUCAAUUGAAAGAAUUUCAUAACGAAUAUUGGUGCGUUGCCGUGGAUAUGAGAGGAUAUGGCGAUACUAGUAAACCACCAAAAGUAAGCGAUUAUAAAAUUGCUGAUAUAGCAGGAGAUAUCAAAGAAUUAGUAGAAGCUUUAGGCCGUAAAAAGUUCAUAAUGAUUGCUCAUGAUUGGGGUGGAGUUGUUGGCUGGUCAUUUUUAGAUUUAUACGCUGAUAUGGUAGAAAAAUAUGUAAUAAUGAAUGCUCCACACACUGAUGCAUGGGAUAAAUUAAUGGAAAUUGAUAAAACUCAAUUUUCUAAAUCAUGGUAUGUAAUAUUUUAUCAAAUGCCAUAUUUCCCAGAAUUACAUGUAUCUUUGAAUGAUUUUGAACUAAUGGAUGACAUCUAUGCAUUUGGUCCGAAUAAAGUUAAAAAUGAAGAAGAUAUUGAGGCAUAUAAAUAUACGUUCAGCAAACCAGGUGCUUUAACCCCUCCAAUAAACUACUACAGGAACUUAUUUACAACAGAUCCAACAGUCAAACGACCAGUUGAAAAAGAACCUCCUGGAUUAUUUAUUUUUGGUGAUGCAGAUAUAGCUUUAAGUGUUGCGUACGUUGAUAUUAUGCCACAAGUUGUUCCUAAUUUAAAAUCGAAAAUUAUAAAAGGUGGCAGUCAUUAUGUGCAACAAGAUGAUCCAGUAGCCGUCAAUAAAGCAAUGCGUGAAUUCUUAAAUGAAAAUUAAUUUUUUUUAAAUAGACUAUUUUACAAAAUAAAAUUUAAACAAAUAAAAAUCAUGUCCUUACAGGGAAUUCUAGAUAGUGUCAUUUAGUGGCAAUAACCAAAUACAAACAGAAAUACAUUUUUUAAAUUUUAA